AUGGACCAAUUCGAAAGCAAUUCGAAAGUGGAGAAAUUUUCUGAUCAAAAUGAUGAACAGAUAAAUGUGGGAGAUGAUAAAAAAAGAAAAAAAAAUGAAGGAAAAAAUGGAGAAAAAUAUAAAGGGAAAAUAAAAAUAAAAGGUAAAGAUAUUGUUGAAAAUGAAGCUUAUGAAUACCAUUAUAAACUGGUUAAAAAAAAUAGUCAUAUUUUAAAAAAAAAAUUAUUAGAAUGGUAUUAUAAAUAUCGAAGAAAAUUGCCAUGGAGAAAUGAUCAACCACCAUAUACAACAAAUAUAAAUAUAAAAAGUCAAAUAACUAAAGAUGGUGAUAUUCGAAACUAUUUUCUUAAAACACAAGACAAUACUAAAUUAGAUGAUAAAAUUGAUAAAACAAACAAAAAUACCAUAAUCCAAAUAAAAAAUAGUGAUGAAUUUUUAACUACGAAAAUUACAAACAUUAAAAAAAAUAAUGUAAAUGAUAAUAACAUUGAAGAAAUAAAGGAAUCUAUAGAAAAUGAAAAAAUGCAAACUUUAAACUUUUUGGACACUAAUAUUUUAAAAUCUGAAAAUUUUAACAAAAAGAUUGAAAAUAUCCCUAAAUUGAUAAAUCAAAAUGAAGAAAUAGAAAAACUCAAAUUGCGAGGAUAUCAAAUAUAUAUUAGUGAAGUAAUGUUACAACAAACAAAAGUAGCUACAGUAUUAAAUUUUUAUUUAAAAUGGAUGAAUAAAUGGCCAACCAUUUUUGAUUUGGUAAAAAGUAACUUAGAUGAUAUAUUAACAGAAUGGAAAGGUUUAGGAUAUUAUAAUAGGGCUAAAAAUUUAUUAGAUUGUUGUAAAAUAGUUGUAAAUAAAUAUAAUGGAAUUUUUCCUAAUGAUUUAAAAUUAUUAAAAGAGUUACCAGGAAUUGGAAACUAUACAGCUAAAGCAAUUUCUAUACAUUUAUAUAAUUCAAAAGAUAUAUGUAUUGAUACAAAUAUUAUUAGGAUAUUUUCUAGAAUUACAGAUACUAUAAAUUAUUAUGGUUCUACUAUUUUAUCUCAACAUUGUGAAGAGGUAAGUAAUAUAUUAUGUAUUGGUGCAUAUAAUUAUUCAGACUUUAAUCAAGCUUUGAUGGAUUUAGGAUCAAGUAUAUGUAGUACAUAUCCUCAAUGCUCAAUAUGUCCAUUAAAUAAGUAUUGUCUUAUUUAUUUGAAAGAAAAUAAAAAAAAAAUCAAAAAUAAACGUAGAAAAAUUAAUGAAAAGAUUAAAAUCACACUUGAAAUAAAUCAGGUAUCUAAUUCAGAUCAUCCAAAUAAUUGUAAAUUAUGUGCUAAAGACAGAAAUGUAGAUAUUAAGCUUGUUCCUUUAGCUCGAUCAAAAAAAAAAAAAAAAAAAAUAUGCCUCGUUUUAAUAAUAAAAAAAAGUGAUAGCUAUAAGGUUAAUACCAAAGAAAAUCAAAAUAAGGAACAUUUAGAUAACUAUAAUUAUUUGAUGGUUAAAAAUACAGAUUCAAAUUUAUUUUUGAUGCAUUAUUUGUUCCCAUUUAUACUUAUCGAUAAUUCUACACCAGAAGUAUACAACAUGUACUUAAAUAGUUUAUUAUCUAGACUUAGCUUAAAUAAUACAAAAUCGGAUUCUUUUAUAUACGUUGGGAAUUUUAAACACGUAUUUUCCCAUUUGGUAUAUGAUACUUACAUUUAUACUUGCUUUGUUCAGAAUUCAGAAAAUGCAAAUAUAGGAUAUGAACAUGCAUGGAUAAAAUUAAAAGAUAUCAAGGGCUUCAUGCACAACUCAUUUUGUGAAAAUAUAAUUGAGCACUAUAAGAAAAGUGUGAGUGAAAAAAAAACAAUUAUUUCCGAGUUUUUCGAAUAA